AAUUUAUAUGUUUCUAUGUAUAUGUGAAUAAGAUCAAAUGUAAAAAGAGAAGUAUAUGAUUUGUGUGAUCAAAAGACAGCUUGAAAGUUUGGAUAGACGAAAACAAGGGUUAAAAAGAUAAAAGAUCUCACAAACGACGCUGUUUUGGAGCCUGUUCCGUGUUUUUUUGUGGCCAUCAUCAUCACCUUCGGACACAACGUGAUAUCUGAAUCUCUCCCUCUCUCUCUCUCUCUCUUUCGCUGUCCGAUUCCGACAGAUAGACAGAGGGCGCGAAACAGAGAGAAAAUAAGAAGAAGAAGGACGAUCCAGAUAUGGAGGAUCCUUCUAACCCACAACCAAACCAGAGCAAUCUCUCGCAAUGCCCGCCUUUAGCCACAGCUCCGACACCUGCGCCAGUUCGUGGUCCGUACCACCGGAGAGCACAUUCGGAGGUCCAAUUCCGUCUCCCUGAAGAUCUGGAUCUCUCUGAACCAUUCGGAGGAUUCGAUGAGCUUGGAUCCGAAGAUGAUCUCUUUUGCUCAUACAUGGACAUUGAGAAACUUGGAUCCGGAUCCGGAUCCGCAUCCGAUUCGGCUGGUCCUUCUGCUCCUAGGUCUGAUAACCCGUUUUCCGCUGAGAAUGGAGGUGCGGAGGCUGGGAAUUCGAGACCUCGACACAGGCAUAGCCUCUCCGUUGAUGGCUCUUCGACUUUGGAGUCAAUUGAGGCUAAGAAAGCUAUGGCUCCUGAUAAGCUCGCUGAGCUUUGGGUCGUCGACCCUAAAAGAGCUAAAAGGAUAAUUGCUAAUCGACAGUCUGCUGCUCGUUCGAAAGAGAGGAAGGCUCGGUAUAUCUUGGAGCUCGAGAGGAAAGUUCAGACCUUGCAAACUGAAGCUACUACCCUUUCAGCACAGUUGUCUUUGUUCCAGAGAGACACAACUGGUUUGUCAUCUGAGAAUACAGAGCUCAAGCUUCGUUUACAGGUCAUGGAACAACAAGCUAAGUUGCGAGAUGCACUGAACGAGCAACUGAAAAAGGAAGUUGAGAGGCUGAAAUUCGCCACGGGAGAAGUCUCACCCGCGGAUGCUUAUAACCUCGGAAUGGCACACAUGCAAUAUCAGCAACAACCACAACAAUCCUUCUUUCAACAUCAUCAUCAGCAACAAACCGAUGCUCAAAACCUGCAACAAAUGACUCAUCAGUUUCAUCUCUUCCAGCCUAACAACAACCAGAACCAAUCUUCUCGCACAAACCCUCCCACCGCUCAUCAGCUUAUGCAUCACGCUACUUCUAAUGCCCCGGCUCAAUCUCAUUCCUAUUCAGAGGCAAUGCAUGAAGACCAUCUUGGCCGGUUACAGGGGCUUGACAUUAGCAGCUGUGGCAGAGGCUCAAACUUUGGUAGGUCUGACACCGUCAGUGAAAGCAGCAGCACUAUGUGAGGCUGCCUUUCCCAGAUUCCCCUUUGUCGAUAAACCUAUUCUUUCGCCCUCCCUUGAAAUCUUUAGCUAAAAAGUAACAUCUUCGUGACAGUCGGAUUCAUUUUUUAUUCUGUAAAACUGGUUUUUUGGGGGGUUUUGGGGUUUCAACUUUAGAGACCACAGUUGUUUUAACUUGUCUGAUUUCUCAUUUCCUGAUUCAUCUUGUUCUCCUGGGGAGCUACUGAAUUAUAAACAGAUCAUAUUUCUGUUUCUUUAUGUUGUCAUGAUUCCCUAGUUGCUUUCGUCAAUCAUCCCUAUGAUAGAUGGUUGAAUUUGGAUUUGGCUUUGGCUUGAACCAGAUCAGAAAGUGUUUUGUUUUGCAGGUCUCCUAGCUACAUCACUUUGUG